AUGGGCAUAACUGUUGCAGAAUUCAAGUCAUUGAAUCACCUUGGUCCCUCUGUAUCUGAUGACACACAAGCUGAUGCCGUGAGGGGACUCAUCCAAAUGCUCCCAGAUCGUGCUACUCAGUUCAAGGUCACUGUUGAUCAAGGUCUUGGCCAGGCUAAUAUGGAUAGUUUUGAGAUUGAGACAACUGGGAUAAAUGAGGUCACCUUAAGGGGGACCACCGGGGUAGCGGCGGCAUCAGCUUUCCAGCACUACCUUAAGAACUACUGUCAUUGCCAUAUUUCAUGGUCAGGUGACCAACUCAAUGUACCACGUGACUUGCCCAUCGUCAAAUCAAAAGUGAGAGUUGUAAGCCCAAACAGGUUUCGUUACUAUCAAAAUGUCUGUACAGUCAGCUACUCUUUUGUUUGGUGGGACUGGAAAAGAUGGGAACGUGAAAUUGACUGGAUGGCGAUGAACGGUAUAAAUCUACCGUUAGCGUUCAAUGCACAGGAAGCUGUAUGGCAAAUGGUUUACACACAGAUGGGGAUAACGCUGGAUGAGUUGGAUCAUUUCUUUGCUGGACCAGCAUUCCUUGCUUGGGGUCGAAUGGGAAAUUUACGAGGCUGGGGCGGUCCGUCCCCUCAGUCCUGGCAUACCAACCAAGUAGCAUUGCAACACUUGAUAUUAAAAAGAAUGCGAGAGUUGGGCAUUAUACCCGUACUUCCUGCAUUUGCCGGAUUUGUUCCAAAGGCAUUCACCAGAAUUUAUCCGGAUGCCAAAGUGACACGACUCGGUGCGUGGGGUCACUUCAACGACACUUACUGCUGUUCAUAUCUUCUUAGUCCGCUUGAUCCUUUAUUUGUCCAGGUUGGAAAAGCUUUCAUCAAACAGUAUAUUAGUAUCUUUGGAACCGAUCAUAUCUACAAUACUGACACCUUCAAUGAAAUGAACCCACCUUCCAAAGAAAGUAGCUACUUAUCACAAGCCAGUAUGGCUGUGUAUAAUAGUUUAACCGCUGCUGACACCGAUGCCAUAUGGCUAAUGCAAGGAUGGUUGUUUCAAAAUAGUUUCUGGGGACCAGAUCAGAUAAAGGCAUAUCUACAUGGAGUACCACUGGGUAAAAUGUUGGUACUCGACUUGUUUGCUGAAGUAACUCCUAUUUAUAAGAAAUCACAAUCGUUCUAUGGUCAGCCCUUCAUAUGGUGUAUGCUACAUAACUUUGGUGGUAACCUGGGAAUGUAUGGUGCGAUAGAUUCAGUCAAUCAGGGUCCUUCUGAGGGUCAUACCUUCACAAACAGUACAAUGGUUGGCACGGGGAUAACACCAGAAGGCAUCAAUCAAAACUAUGUCAUGUAUGAAUUCAUGAAUGAAAUGGGAUGGAGAAAUCAGUCUGUGACUGAUCUACAGGAUUGGAUAAUGACUUAUUCCCAGAGUCGCUAUGGUUACACAUCUCAUCUGACAUUUACAGCCUGGUCACUAUUGUUAAACUCUGUGUAUAACAGCCAUGACGGCCAUAAAGAUCAUUGUAAAACCAUAAUUGUUAAAACACCAUCCAAACAUCUAGAACAGAACAUAUGGUAUGAUUGGAAUGAUGUCAUAACUGCAUGGUCUUUUAUGCUGAAUGCAACCAUGGAAACACCAUCACUUAAAAACUCUGAAACAUUCAGGUAUGAUUUGAUAGAUGUGACCAGACAGGUCCUACAAGACUUCGCUUACUUGGUGAAUUAUCAAGCAGUGUUAGGAUAUUUGGCAAAAAAGGAUGCUGCAGGAAUCAAGUAA